UAAAACAAUAGGGAAGUGAUGCUGUCCAAUUAUACACACAAUAGGUUUACAUAGCCACCUGUUACUUUCAUGUUAUUACUAUAGUACUGAUUGCAGUCCAGCUCUUUCAGCAUUCUUCUUGUGUUGACAGCAGCAGCAAGCCACAUUUGUAUUCUCCUACAAAAAUAUGUUUCUCCACCUGAUGUGUGGAGCCCUGCUGGGCCUGGGUUAUUGCAUUCAAAAAACAAGUGCCAUCUCCUACCCAAAAACUCUGCCAUGUGAUGUCAGCGAGGUCAAUAACGGCACUGGGGUGAAAGUGGACUGCACUGAAAGAAGUCUCAAGAACGUCCCCAUCGCCAUCCCAGGAGAGACUACCAAUCUGACGCUCACCAUCAACCAUAUUCCAAAUUUGAACUCAACAUCCUUUCACGGUCUGGAUAACCUCACAGAGAUUGACAUGAGGUGCAACUGCGUACCCAUCAAAAUUGGCCCGAAGGACAACAUGUGCACAAAAAGUGUGACAAUUGAGGAGGAUACAUUUACUGCACUAAGGAAUCUACGGGCACUGUAUCUAGAUGGGAAUCAGCUUGAUAGCAUUCCUAAAGGCAUACCUUCAAACCUUGUCCUUCUGAGUUUAGAAGUGAAUCAUAUUUUUUAUAUUUCUAAGAAAAAUCUUUCUGAAAUCCAAAAUGUUCAGGUGCUCUACCUGGGACAAAACUGCUAUUAUCGCAACCCCUGUAAUGUUUCCUAUGGCAUAGAAGAUGGUGCAUUUUUAAAAUUGAAAAAUCUAACAUUGCUGUCCCUUAAGUCAAACAACUUAUCCUUUAUUCCCUAUAGGUUACCUGUAAGUUUAAGAGAGCUGUAUCUAUACAAUAACAACAUCCAAGAGGUCUCUGAUGAGGAUUUUAAAAACUUGACAAACCUCGAGAUUUUAGAUAUUAGUGGAAAUUGUCCUCGAUGCUACAAUGCCCCUUUCCCAUGCACCCCAUGCCCAAAUAACGCACCCCUAAAAAUAAGUACGGGAGCUUUUAAAACAUUGACAAAACUAAAAACGUUACGUUUACACAGUAACUCCCUGACAUGUAUAUUACCUGAAUGGUUCACUAGCACAAAGGAUCUGAGAGUGCUUGAUCUCUCAUCAAACUUUUUAGCCAGAGAUAUUGGGUCCACAAACUUUCCUAAAUUUCUUGGCAAGCUACAAGAGCUGGACUUAUCUUUUAACUAUGAGCUCCAGAGGUAUCCUCAAACUCUUAGACUGAGCUCCAAUUUCUCCUCCCUUGUGUCUCUUGAAAUUCUCAGACUAAAGGGCUAUGUGUUUCAGCAACUAAAGCCAGAAAGCAUUGCUCCCUUAAAAAGUCUUCCAAAUCUUACAGUUCUAGACCUUGGCACAAAUUUUAUCAAAAUGGCAAACCUCAGCAUUUUAAUGGAGUUAAAAACCUUUCGUAUAAUCAGUUUGUCUGAUAAUAAAAUAUCAUCUCCCUCUGAUGCUCAAAAUGCAUUUAGUUUCAACGGGGGAGAGGCUAUGCUGUGGUCCCCCAUGUCAGCAGCUGAUCAGUUACAGAACAAGGAAGUGAGAGAGAUUCAUUACUUCAGAUAUGACGAAUAUGCUCGCAGCUGCAAAUACAAAGAUAAGGAACUUGGAAUCGUUACAUUAUUUGUCAAGAAGGAAUGCAGUGACUUUGGCAAAACCUUGGAUGUGAGCAGAAACAACAUAUUUUUCUUGCAUUCAAGGUUUUUAAACCUGAAGGAGUUGAGGUGCCUCAAUCUUUCAGGAAACGCAAUGAGCCAAACCCUGAACGGAUCUGAGUUUAGCAAUCUGACUAAUUUGAAGUACCUGGACUUCUCAUCAAAUCGCCUGGACUUGUUGUACUCAACUGCUUUUAAAGAGCUAAGCAAUCUGGUCAUCUUGGAUAUAAGUAAAAACAACCAUUAUUUUGAAUCAGAGGGCUUGACUCAUAUGCUUAAUUUCACUAAGAAUUUAAAAAAACUCAAGAUACUGCUAAUGAAUCACAACAAGAUUUCUACUUCCACCAACACAGAAAUGGAAAGUGAAUCUUUAGAGAAGUUGGAGUUCAGAGGCAACAGGUUGGAUAUGCUGUGGAGAGAUGGGGACACAAGAUAUAUCCACUAUUUCAAAAAAUUACGUAAUCUGAGACUACUAGACAUUUCUUCCAAUAACCUUCGUUCAGUUCGAAGAGAGGUCUUCAGUGGUCUGCCAGACAACCUGUCUGAACUCCACAUUAAAAAGAACAAACUGUACUUUUUUGCAUGGGGGGAAUUACAACUUCUGAGAUCUCUGAAAGUCUUGGACCUCAGUGGAAAUUACCUAACCUCUGUUCCAAGAAUGCUGUCAAACUGUACCACAUCACUUGAAAAACUUGUUUUACAUGACAACAAAAUCCUAAAACUCACACCAAAUUUCCUCCAGGGAGCUUUUGGUUUAAAAUAUCUAGAUCUUAGCUCCAAUCUUAUAAAGUAUAUUGAGCAAUCUAGCUUUCCAGAUAAUGUUGUUAAGCAGAUGGACAAGUUGCUUCUGCACAAAAACAAUUUCCUUUGCACGUGUAAUGCUUCUUGGUUCAUCACUUGGCUAAACAAGACCACGGUGACCAUCCCUCGACUAGGAAUUGAUGUUACCUGUGCUUCUCCAGGAGUGCAAAAAGGUAAUCUUGUGGUCUCAGUGGACUUACAAACCUGCCAGCACUCCUUCCUAUCAAUCAUCCUCUACACUCUCAUGACUUCACUCCUCCUAAGUUUCAUUACUCUGUCCAUCGCUAGUCACCUGUACCUGUGGGACGUCUGGUACAUUUAUCACUUCUGCAGGGCUAAACUCAAGGGCUACAGCCGCCUGACUUCUCAAAGUGAGGUCUAUGAUGCCUUUGUGAUGUUUGACAAAAAUGAUCCUGCUGUGACAGAGUGGGUGAUGAAGGAAAUGUGUCCUCAUCUGGAGGAGCGGGGAGAUCGCCGACUGACACUGUGUCUGGAGGAGCGAGACUGGGUCCCCGGUUGUCCCCUGAUUGACAACCUCUCCCAGAGCAUCCACAAGAGCAAGAGGACUGUGUUCAUUCUCACCAAAAAUUAUAUCCAAGGGGGUAAUUUCAGUACAGCCUUCUAUAUGGCCCAUCAAAGAUUGAUGGAUGAAAAAAAUGACGUCAUAGUACUGAUUUUUUUGGAAAAAGUGUCUUGCAACUCAAAAUAUCUGCGCUUAAGAAAGCGAUUGUACAAGCGGUCUGUCCUUGAGUGGCCGACAAACCCACAAGCACAACCAUACUUCUGGUUUAGCCUCAGGAGUGUAUUGGCUACUGAGAGCCACAAACAGUACAGCAAUCUCUUUAAAGAGACACUAUGAAGGGAUGACAAUAUAGAGUUUGUAAAAAAUAAGACAAUUUGUGUUUUAUCAGUUAUUUCUUUUCUGCAACAAUGCUUCUUGGCAAUAAUUUUUAAAGUUAUACAAUUACAAUUAUAAUCUGGCAAUUCACAAUGCCUUUCUGCUGUUGACGCUUGUUUGGUGUCAUUUAUUGGAUUGAACAAUAGAAGCUUGAAGAAACAAGAGAUAUCUGUAAUAUAGUCAUUUUUCUUUAACAAAUCAAGGUUUCAGGAAUGCGUUGGAAAGCUAUUCAGAGCUAAAACAGCCUGGUAUGUUGCCCUCAUGCAGAUCGCCAGCUUGGUCACGUUCUAUUUUGGUAUUCCUUUCUUCAACCAGCACUUGUCACAAGUCAGCAAAGGUAGUUGCACUGGACUCUCUGGUUUGAGAAGCACAUCCAAGCAACCAUGCAUUUUUUCGUGACACCAUGCAUGAGAAAACAAAAAAGCUUUAUUAUAGUAAGAUACCAAGAAGCAAUGUUGCUCCAAAACAACUUUUCUAGUUUUUUGUGUUUAUUUUAAAUGUAUACAGUUAUACUUUAUUUAAGCAUAACCUUAAAGUUUGUGCUACUUGGUUUUAUUACUGGAAAAAGGAACAACAGCUUUAUGCUAAUACCACAAAUUAUUUUAAGAUUGUCUUUAUUUAUUAUGGUUGCAAACGAGGAACUGACUAAGUACAGCUACUUCUGUAAUUUCCAUGUGGCUUUUCUAACACAUGCAGUCUUUCUGUGCAUACUAUUCAGCUUACAGUUUUAUUGCUUUUUAUUUUAAUAGAGCAAUACUGAAAUACAGGGCAAGAAAAGGCAGUCAGUAGUUUUGGCUGGUGUAAAGGGAUUGCUGAUUUGUCAGAUCCAUUUUAGAUCUGGAAGGCUUUAAUGUCCUUGAAUCAGUAGCUUUGAAUAUUCUUUGAACAGCUGGGUUCAACAUAUCAUGUACCAUGUUGAGUUUUGCUACUACAAUUUUCUUUGCAUCUUCAUAUGUGGAAGAAACUAAUUUUUUAUUUCUUUAAUUAUGCUAACCGUUUGGUUUUUUAUUUUUAUUUUACAGUAAUCCUUACAUUUAAUAAUUUGAUGUGUUUUGAACAGUUGUUUCAUUAUAUGUCCCUGUGUUAAAGUUGAGCUGAGUUAAAACUGCUUAAAUCAUACAACAACAUACACACCACUGUGAAAUACUUUAUUACAAGCUAUGCAAGCACACAUUUAUGUAAUUCUUUACUUGGUUUAAACAAACAGCCAGUUGCUUUUAAAGGCUAGUAAUAAAUGCCAACAUGGUCUGGAUAACUAGUACAGUUAACUUCACAAACGUGUCACAGCUGUUUGAUGUUCUGUAAGUACCUUGACAUGUAUACAUUUAUACAGUACAUGAUUUUUAUAAAGGAUGUUAAGCUAAUGCUAUGACUGUCCUACAAAUUCAUGACCCAAAGCCUGGCAAUAGGAGGUUAGUAUUUAAAAGUUACAAAAGUGUGCGUGCGUGUGUGUAUAUAUGUUACCUAUAUCAAAUAUAGAUAGUCUCAAAACAUAAAGCUUUGCUUAUGUGAGCACAGCUCAGUGUGUGUACUUUGAAAAUCCAACUCUUAGAAGUAUUGAGAUGUUCAAAUUACAUUUUAUUGUAUCCAUCAAUAUGCCAUUAGGACAAUGACAAUAAACAUCUAAUUCUGACAAAUGUAUGUGUUUGUUUUUAACUGUGUUUAAAAGUAGCAACAGUAAAAAUAAAGGAUCUUUGUCAUUUACAUUGCUUUGAUAUAUUUAUAAUGUUGUCUAUACCAGGUCAUAUAAUUAUUCAAAUCAUAAUAAGUUAUAAUAAAGAAUCCACAAUACAUACACAUUAAUCGUUCUGUAAUAUUUAUAGCUCUGAAUGCACUUCCCUGAAUAGCUAUGGUUGUCUAAUUGUCUGCAUUGCUACAAAGCUGAUUUAUAGUUUUUGAGAAGUAUUUCUUUUUUUUUUUUUCUCCCCUGCCAGGGGGUCCUUUUUGUGGGCUCUAGUGUCCCUUUUUUCAUAGUAGGCUGACAGGAAAGGGGGAAA